AAUAUUAUCAACUGUUAAAUCAUCAACAAACAAAGGGAGCUCGAUGAAGACUGAGGGUGUAGUUCAGUUCACCGGCAGAAAGCGCAGCCUUAUUGAAGAUGCCAGGAAAGAGCGCGAGAGUGGUGGGUUGCCCUCACCCGGCACCUCGCGCUGUGCAGACCACUUCGUUUUUGAGGAGAAGGAUGGAAAAGUUGCCCUCAAUAUAGUGUUCACUCUCAGCAGCGAAAAGAAAUCAGGGCUAUCCAAGACGGGCAAAGUUUUAGAGACUUUUGAAGCCAAGAUCCAUCAUAUUGAAACCAGACCAGGAAGGAGGACGAAGAACAGCGUGGUGGCGGAUCUGGAAUACUUUGUAAGGUGUGAGAUUCACAGCUCCGACACGGACGUCUUAAUCAACUCCCUCAAAAGGGUUGCAGACGAUGUCCGUGCGAUCGCAGAGGAGAAAGUUCCUUGGUUCCCAAGGAAGAUCGGGGAUCUGGACAAGUGCAAUCAUUUAAUAACAAAAUAUGACCCGGAUUUAGACGAAGACCACCCAGGCUACAGGGAUCCGGAGUACAGGAGGAGAAGAGCUUUCAUCGCUGAACUCGCCUUUAGCUACAAACAAGGAGAUCCUUUGCCCAAAGUGGACUAUACACCGGAGGAGGUUGCAACCUGGAGACAAGUAUACCAGACUCUGAGGGGCAUAUACCCAACGCAUGCCUGCAGACAGUACUUGGAGACUCUGCAGCAGUUGGAGAAGGACUGUGGAUAUGGAGAAGACAACAUUCCUCAACUGAGAAAUGUCUCCACCUUCCUAAAAGAAAGGACAGGUUUUCAGCUGCGCCCAGUCGCUGGAUUGCUGUCUGCAAGAGACUUCCUGGCCAGCUUGGCAUUCCGAGUGUUUCAGUGCACUCAGUACAUCCGCCACUCCUCCACCCCAAUGCACUCUCCAGAGCCUGAUUGCUGUCAUGAACUACUUGGCCACAUCCCCAUGCUGGCAAACAAGGAGUUUGCUCAAUUUUCACAGGAACUUGGUCUUGCUUCAUUGGGAGCAUCAGACGAGGACAUUGAAAGGCUGUCUACGCUCUAUUGGUUCACAGUGGAGUUUGGUCUCUGUAAACAGGACGGGGCCAUUAAGGCAUACGGCGCUGGGCUGCUGUCAUCGUAUGGAGAGCUCAUGUAUGCUCUUUCCAAUGAGCCAGAGUACAAACCCUUCAAUGCUGAGGAGGCUGCAGUCCAGCCAUAUCAAGACCAGACCUACCAGCCAGUAUACUUCGUGUCAGAGAGCUUUGAAGAUGCAAAGGCCAAGCUGAGGCGGUACUCGCUGACAAUCCAGAAGGCCUUCUCUGUCCGGUACGACCCAUUUACAUGCAGCAUGGAGGUCCUGGACCAGCCGGGAAAGAUCCAGAACGCUCUUAGUCAGAUGAGGGAGGACCUGAAGAUACUGCAUAGCGCUUUAGAGAAACUGGUCUGAAUCAGAACCGAACAGGACCCCAAAUGUACAAACCUCCAAUAUCAUUUUAAAUAAGCUCAAACCGAUGACAGGUGAAAGGCUGAAUUUGCAAGACGCCUUGAAGAUGCUUUAAAAUCUUGAAUCUACUGUAGUCUUUUAGCAUAGGGAAUGUCUGAUCAGAUAAUAUGUUCCUGCAUCUUAGUUUCAAGAUAGUAAAAGACUUUAUUUCAGUUCUUUAAAAAGAAUUGCAAUACACUGUACAUACUAAAUGCGCAUAAGCUUGUACUGUGUAUAAACUGUAAGCUGCAAAUUAAUUUAUCUCAUUCCAUAUAAAUACAAUUAAGAAAAUGAAAAUGAUUUUUCUUUUGAAAAAUUGCCAUUUCCAUUGCUUGACGAACCCAUACAUCAUCCAGUCAGCCCUGAAACAAUCCUCACAUUCUACCACAAUAAAACCAUGUGUGUUUGUGUGUGGCUUGUGAAUGUGUGAGAGAAUGAAAGGCUACUAGAAAAUAGUCCUUAAAUUCUGUCCAGGCAAUUUGUCUUAUUAGUCAAGAAUGACUUCUUAUUAUAAGCAUGUUGCUAGCUCUGCUGGCUCUAGUCAGAUCCAACUGUGAUGAGUCAGCUUUGAUCUAGAUCAGUGGGGUUCUCAGUGGUUUGGGCAAAUACAGCAGAGAUGACUGUAUGAUUGUGUAGAGAGAAGCAGUGAUCAGGUUGCAUCUGUGCUGAAGUCCCCCAUUUAAAAAAAUGCCCUCAAAACUGUCAGCCCCAUCACAUUGUUAAUAGCUUCUACAGUUACAGACCAGUCUGUUCCACUGAAUUAUGCUUCCAGCAAAACACAGCAGUACAGCAGGAAUGGAGCUAUUACCCAAACUCGUCAUUUUUUUCCCCAAACAUAGGCCAUAUUAAGUAGUCUUCAACUUCUGCACAUUAAAUCUGUCAAAUGCCUGUGUACAAAGUUAGACACAGAAUUUAUAAGACUCCCAGAUGUCCUUCCAAACCCCUUUUCUAACACAUCACCUUUUAUAUAUUUUAAAUACAGUUCAUUCCAAUUUGCAAAUCUUGCUGAAACCACAGCUUGGAACCAAAUUUGCACUGUUCCAAAAACAUUUACGUUGCCACAGCAAUAAGAUAACCACUGUAUGUCCCUGAAUAAAAAACUUGGAUCUAAAAUACAAACUGGAAUCCAAGUUAAUCCUGCCCAGAAGCACAUAGCUUUUCUUUUAACAGACAUGGACAUCAGAUCAAUCUCCAGACACAUACACCAAUUGCAAUACAUGGACUAUAUAUUUUUUAUAAACACAUUUGAGAACACAACCUACUAACAAAGGAAUCUAUAAGUCUAUGACGACAAAUGCCACCAUUAAUGACGACAGAUCCAACACGAUAAAAUUUUGAGGAAUAAAAGCAGUGCAUAUGUGAAGUCAACAUUUUAAAAUAGAAAAGAAAAAAAGCCCUGACCCGAUCUGUCAAUGACUAAAAGUGCCACCAGAUGGCAAUCUUGAGACAAGCCAUCGGGCCCUGGAAACACUGAUCGAAACAGAUAUUUGAUGACUCAUUUUUCAGAGAAAAGAUCCUUCUACCCCAUUCUAAAUCUCUAUAAAAGUUGUUAUUAUACCCAUUGGAAAAUAUUCCGUGUGUGCGUAGAGAUGUUGACGCUUGACGUGAAUCCCUUUGUGGUCAACGAACUCUUUACAGCUCUGGCCCAUGCCAAAUCCUCUAAUGUUCAGCAGAGAUCCCAUUUAGACUUGUUCAAACAAAGAGAACUGAUCAGAAUAAUGAUAGCAUGUCAUAAAUAUGCAUGGCGGUUUAUGAACACAGUCCAAGAAAAACACAGUGCUGUCUAACACGCAUGACAUACACCGCUAACAGGUGUGAAACAUACCGUUUAACACUACUGAAACAUUAACCGCUGCCAAACACGUCCGAAGCGAACGCAACGAACAGGGCACCCUCUCGUGUCUGAAAAAUAAGCCGCUACAAACGUGCCUGCACAUUGCCCUCUUCCUGUACUGGUC